GGUAGUUAAAUAUCCGUCUUUUCCCCUCCUUUUUCACAAACGCCAAUAAUAUUGAACCUUUAAAUAUUUAAAACUUGAAACUCUUAAUUUUUUCCUUACCAGCAUAAACGACCGGACAAAUUGUCCGGCCAUCUAAGGAUUUGCCCGGACAAAACCAAUUUUUGACCGGACAUUGUCCGUUGACCGGCCGUUAUUUGCAGCCCUGUCAUUCCUUGAAUAUCCACACUCAUAGCUCAGCAUACAUUGUUGUCAGUUAAGAUGUUACAUGGUUGCGGUGACUGUCACAUUUUUUUAGUUUCCCUUGCAUCUUCAAUACCAAGAAACAAUUACAACAUGUGAGAAAAACAAAGAGGCAUGAUAUUUUUGUCAAUUAUUGACUUAUUUUCUCUGUUGGUUCGCCUCUCACUGCUAAAAUAUUUACUUUAGGAAACACAUGUACAUGUAUAUCCAGCAUAUCACAUUGAAUGUUUGGCUUUCAAGCUAGAUCAAACUCUUUCAUUCGAAAGAGUUUGAUGCAGCUCAGCCAUUCAACAAAACCCACUCACAAAAAAAAAUUGAAUAGAUCAUUUGAUUUUUGAAGUCAGUCAAACAUUGAGUUGGGUUAUCAAACAAAGUGGAACUCACAUAAGGAACACUCGAAUGGAACAAAAACAAGCGUUUCAGUUCCAAGCAAUUGAUGACAAGUGUGUUAAUUAUUGAUCUAGUGUGAAAGCAGUCAAGGCGAUGUAAGAUCCUGCUUCUUUUAUUAUUUCCAUUUCAGAGUUAAAUUCUAAAAUAAACAUUUUGUUUACCAAGGAAAAAGUCUUUAAAUCUGCAAGUUGAAAUCAUCUUAGGAAUCAUCUCAGUUAUUACUCUUCACUCCUUAGUGGGCCUCAAUAAUAUUGUAGCAUAUUCUGAAUCCAGCACUUGUCAGAUUUCCCUGGCUUGUUGAGUUGACUCAGUUUUUACAUUUUAUUUUUUUCCAAUAUAAUUUGGUUUGUUUCAAUUUUGUUCAGGCAUCAAACUCUCCAGAAAGCUGGUUUGAUAUUGUUUGAUGGCCAAACUGUUUUGUUCGGGGGAGUUUGAUGGGAACCUUGUUUUGCGUAAUACAUUGUACACCGGAAGUAUACAUUUACUGCAGUAAAUUAUCUGCUGCCCACCAGGGUUAUCGCUUUACAAGUUGUGAGAACAUCAUUUCUUGCACCCAGACCUUGUUACUUUCCCCUGCUUCGCCUGGUAUUGACCCUGUACGUGUAGAUGAUAAUGUACAACCUGAGGGAGGUUGUGCCCUUGAAAAGUAGGCUUUUUGUUGCUGGUACUGGUAAUCAUAGACAGCCUCUGUUUACAUUUACAUGUACAUGUAACCCCUGGUCCAUAGUCUUAACGUUGCAGGUUGCGGGCAACGUAAUGUACUAGCUAUUACUAUGAAACACAACUGUAUGCAUGUAAAAUUAUUGUAAAGUGAUGAAUCAGGGUUGUCAGAAAGUUUUGAAGUAGACAGCUGAGUUGUCAAAAAUAAUAAGCGGCCAGUAAAUUAUAUGUAUAUUACUCAUUUAGUAUUUUUUAUUCGUAUGAGAAUAUCUACAUUAGUAAAGUUGUCUUACUGCUAAAAGGUUUUCCCUCCCCCCCCCCGAUAGCCUGGGGAAUAGCUUCUGUGUUUUACUUAUUAGCACUUUGUUUUGUUUUUCAUACAACAGGCCAGGCAGAUCACCUUGGUAUGUGAUGUUGGUGCAGAACGUUCUCUCAAAGCAGGCUGGUUCAUGGAACUUAAUUUCAGUCUCAAGUUACUGUGCUUUAUGCUUAGUCAAGUUCUGCAAAUGUUAAUCUUGAAAUACUAAGUUCUAUGCUAAAGACAAAAAAUGUCCAACUGCUACCUCGAGUGGGCAAGGUGAAGCAAACCUUGCAUUCUAAUUGGCUACCCAAGGGGGCAAGGUGAGCCCAUUUUGCCCACUUGGGAUUUCCUGCGUUGGUCCCGCAAGUAAAAGUUCUCUUCUUGGCCAUGUAAUAAUUCAUUUAUUGACCACGGUUGUUCAUUCAAGAUGGCUGAAUAUUGACCUCAUUCAUUUUUGUAUUUUUAUUGCCCAAGACCAGGCUGUGCUCUGUGGCCCGUUACGCCUACAUCUGUAACUUUUGUUCUCAGGCGACUAGAAAAUCUUUGCUUUUUCAUAGAAAUCAUUUGCUGGGCACACUGGAUUUCACAAGUUCAGAGUGCUGGGCUGCCUUCAAGUUUUCUUAGAGCAGAACCUUGCAAGGGAAGGCAGGGUCAAUAAAGACGCAAAUAUCCAGCCAUCUUAACCUCACACCCGGUCAAUAAAGCAUAAUUAUUUAUUACAAUUUUAUGGUUGAAUCCGUGAGCGGGCAAGGUGAAGCAAAUCCUGUGUUCUAAUUGGCUACUCAAGUGGGCAAACCAAUCAAGCUUGUUCGGUGAAGAUAGCUGGGUAUUGGCCUCGCAAAAAAGAGCCUGGCCAAUAUCCAGGCAUCUUGACUGAAUGUUGGUCAGUAACGCAUAAUCAUUUAUAACAAUAAUAAUUAUUAGAACUUUGUGAACAUCUUUUCCAGAAAGGCAUUUUAUAUUGCUUUAAAAGGGCUAGGUUAUGCUAUGCUAUAUUUUGUUCUUUGAGAGGCUUAAAAGUGUCUUGGCUUAAAUUAAGUUCCAAAAAUAAUGGUCCAGUUCUGUUAUUUAAAACUUAAUUGAGGCAUUGGCACUGUUUCCCAUCACCUCUUGCUAUGUAUGACAAAGAUGAUCAUCGAUUGAAACUUGGCCAACUUUUUCAAGGUUAAAAUAAUGCUGUGACUGCAUAAAUCACCAAGAAUUAUUAUGGUUUGUGCUUCUUGAUGAAAUUGGCUUGAUGCAUGUAUCUUCUUCAUAACUCUACAAGCCAAGCAUUUUGUGUGAGGGUAAAGACACUAAGGGCGCUUUCCAAAAGUCGGAACUGGCCGGCCGGACCAUGGCUGGAGCAGUUAUUUUGACAAUGAAAUAGCUUUUUCCGAAGAGUUUUUGCUGAAAAACCAUCACCUUUGUGCAUUAGUAUUUAGGUUUUGACUGAUCUAGUUGGAUAGUUGUGAUUAAAAGUUAGUUGGAUAGUUGUGAUUAAAAGUGAAAUUCUCGUUACUACUGGAAUGUUCUGGCCGGUCAGUUUUGACAAAUGGAAAGCGCCCUAAGUAAUGACUUCAGCAUAGAAGUGACCUAAAACGUACACAUGAAACACAUAAACCGUUUUAGCAGACUUGUAUUAUGUAAAACUGUAGCCAUACUUUGUUUGUUGAUGUAUUUUUUUGCAUUUCAAUCUUUGCAGUGGUCAUAGAAAAUUGUGUAGUUUAGACCACCAUGUUAGAAGAGUAAGAAUAUUUCCUGACACCAUAAUUAUAAAAUUAUCCUGAAGCAGAAUGGUCAUAUGAGUAAGUGGUAUAUGGUCAUACAGGUUAGUAUAGCACUUAGUGGGACUGUUGACAGGAACUGAUGUUUUGACAAUGCCCGUGAAAAUGAUGAUCACCUUGUUGUCUAAACGUUAGUCGCUGUCAACAACAGUCCUGCUCAGGACUACAAUGUACAUUCACCCGACAAAUCAUAUUCCACUUUGUUGAAAUAAUUAUUAUAGACAGCCAAACAUAUCACUAGCCAUAAACUGCACAUGAAAGUGUUUAUCACUAUCUGCUAUAAAGGGUAUUAAUUUGUUAACAGAUUUGACAUUUUCUUUGCCAAAAAAACACUACGUAGUCCUACAGAAAAUUUCUAGUGGAUUUCCCAAAGGAAGCCUCUUACUAUUCCUGUUCAUUGCUAGUGUGAAUAGGCACUCACAUUUAAAAUGUAAUUUAACUUAACCAAUGUAAUGAGUAAAUACCAUAAGAAGACCUGAUUGUCAGUUUAGGAAGCAAGAAGAAUAAAGAAAGUACUUAGAAAGAUUGCUGUGGUAUUAUUUUGUGCAAUAAAAAUGUCGAGAGAAUGGGUUUUUGUAACUAUAGAUGGCGGGAAAACCACCCCAAGAUGUUGAAAAGCGCUUUUUUCACGAUGGAAAUAACUUGAAAACACCAGUUUCCGUCUCGUAAACUCGUGUUUCCGCAAUAGUUACAUCCGAUUACGUUGACGGAAACAUGAAAUUGACCUGUUUCCGGAACGUCUUCGCGUGUUUCCGCAAGGAUGCCACGCAUUUACUCUUGCGGAAACACGUGUUUGCUUAGACGGAAAUUUGACGGAAACGUAGAAAAAAGUGGUACGAUUCCGCCGGAACCGCAGCGACGGAAACACGAGUAAACGUAUUGUAUCCGCUAACGGAAACAUGUGAUUACCGUCAUGUUUCCGCAACGGUUUUACGUGUUUACGUUAAGUUUCCAUUUACGGAUUCUUGAAAUUUCGUCCUGUGAGAGGAAACGCUUGCCCGCAAGCCCCACGAUUCUGGAAAACGCCCCUUGAUAUUUCACCGUUCGGUUCAAUAGUAAAUUGACAGCUCGUCAAAAUAGAAGUACUGGUAUAACGAAAAUAUUACCCCUGGAUUGCCAGAUUUGUAAAAUUACUUUGUUCUCUAAUAGAACACGGUCCAGGCGAUUGCAAAAACUGUAAUAAAAAAGAUUUACGAUAAAAGAAGGUUGCAACUCUGAGCGACUGCUGCGGAAUUUCUUGUUUUUUAUUGCGUGGCUUUAUCUCUUCUGAAACCUUGUGGAAACGUCAAAAAUGAUUUGUCCGGAACAAUUCACUCCGCCGGCCAUAAGUUUUGCAGAGCGGCUGCUCUUUAGCCCCUGUCGAAACGUUCUCUACAAUACAUGCCGCUAAAUUUCCAAUCAACAAAAACAAUCUUUUCAUUUAAAAAAGCUGACAAAUCGCUUGUCCAUGGCGGCUUUAGCUAGUGUCGAGUACCGAUGUUCUAAUUUACGUUGAUGUUAUCUCCAAUAAACAGUCCAUUUUUCCCAGUCUCAUCCGCACGCCGUCAUUCCCAAUACUGAAAUUGGCCUUCCCUAGUCUUCACUGCUCGAUCUCCAAUUAUACCUUGAAUACUCUGAUCUCAUAAACCUUCGCACAAACACGAUUCAAAGAAAUAUCAGUCAAAAGCAUUUUAUAAUCUGCGACCACAAAUCUGAUGAGACCAGAUCUGUGACGCACGUCAACAAAGCAUACCUGGUUUGAUUGAUGUUUCGAGUGCUAAGUAAUCAACACUACCAGCACCGCACCAAUCAGAAGCUGCGUUCGUGGGCGAACUCAGUUUUUCAAAAUCGUGGGGUUUUCGUGCAAGCGGUUCCUUCUUUCCCCUCCCCCUCCCCCGUCAUUCCCUUAUUUUUUUGCUCUCGUCCCGACUUUCUCGACGAACUCGCGCGGAAACGCUUGCUACGCAGGCUAGUGUGAAAACGGCCAUUGAUGUUUUCAGUUACCAUGACAACAAAUGUGUUUUCUCUUAGUAAUGUUGGACCUUUUGGAUUUACUUACCACGAAAUUCUUAGGCGGUUUUCACAAUGACGUCAUCAAAUUGUAAAGUCAAAAAAGCGAGAUUUUACGAAUUCUUAUUUAUACUAGGUUGAAGAUAAAUAAAAAGUAAAUCUUUGUACAAGUUUUCAUUCCCGUAGCAUGUUUCAUUUUGAAAAUACAGCAGUUUGAACUUCCCAGUUUUCACAGUGCGUGACACCAAAAUAGGAAUGCUGUCUCGUUGAAAAAAAGUAUCUCCUCUUGAUUUUCAGCAGUAUAACCAUUCCAAGUAUUAGGAGAUAUUUUUAUGCGCACGUAUGCUAGUUCUCGAGUGAAAAGAAAAAGCUUUCAUAGAAAAAGUGAACUCCAGAUGUUUUUCUUGAUUUUCAGCGGCCAUAUAGUGCACCAAAACUGUGCACCAAUAUGGCGUCUCCAUACAAAGCUCUACAAAGGUGCGUGAAACGUUUCGGCAAAUAACUCAGAAACAGUGGGCCACAAAGACCUGAGACUUGGACAAAUUGUUUAAAAAUUAGCCUUUUAUAACAUUUCAUUUCCUUGGCCUCUUCCACUGACGUUUUCCAAUUUAUUUUUUUGUUGCGUGACAGUGAAAACGAUCUAUAGAGAGUCUCCUGCUCUGGAGUGGGUUACGUUAAUUUUGGGUGUGUUUUCGCGCACCAAUCUCAUUCUUCCCAGGUUUACUUAUUGCAUAAUUUCAAACCGAGAAAGGUUGUGUACGAGUCCGUUUAUAACGCGAUAAACAACACAAAAUUCACAUAGUCAGAAACAGCACAUUGAGGUUAGCAACAUUCUUAAGUUUGGUGUUUAUAGGACCCAUUUUUUGGACGGGAUAAAGCCAUUCAAAAACUCCAAAAUUUACUAAAAAAUAUAGACAUCCGGCAAUCCAUAAAUUUUAAGUUUUUAAAUAGCUGUAUCUUGUUUAAUAUUCCCACAACUGACACCAAACUUAUCCCAGCAUUUACAGCCUCUGAAAUCUGGGCUUUUUUUCUUAACAGGGGCAAAUGCCUGCGUUCAGUUGAAACUAUUCAGCGAAGCCAUCACGUGGUGUGAAAAAGGAUUAGAAGUAUCUUUUACUGAAGUUUACAGAGAAAGUCCAGUUGGAGAUCAUUUCUCCACAAACCUUCAUUUUUUUUCUAUUCGCUGUUGAAUAAUAUUUCUAGUGCAGACUCACAUGCAUUGAAGACUAAAUACAUCAAUAGGUGCCUUACACAAAGCAGACCUCUAAGCCUUUCAAAUCUAUCCUUCUCACUAAAAAAAGUGAGGUGUAAACGUGCAGUGAAGUGGACCAGUCUUAUUGAAUAUUUGGUCGUUAAUACACAUCACGUAGUUUGCAAUACACUCAUGGGUUUAUAUCUCCAAGGAAACUAAGCGAGACUCUAGAUAAUUUAUUUAAAGGUCAGAAACUUGGCAGGUUGUUUUUAAAUUUCUUGACAAUUGAACUUGUAAAAGAUUGACCAGAAUAACCAGAAGCUGAUGGUUUUACUGGAUAGGUCUGUGAGAGAACAAAAGAAGCUGAACUUAGAUAAUCACGGAGAACAGGUGAGAGGUGAUGGAGAAAGGGCUUGAAGUACGUUAUUUCAGCGUUUUUGAAUAUACUUCGUCGGAGUUGUUAACUUGGGGGUCUCAUCUUACUGUGCACUAUCGAUACAGUAGGCUAGAGAAGCAUAUACCCUCCUUUAGCAAAUAAUAUUAAAUGAGGUGGUGAUCCACCGCUGAUCUUACUAAGAUUUGUUUGCGUAGCUUGGCCCCACAUGGGUGGGUGUAUACAAAUCCCUGGCUAGCCCACCUUAUGGCCCACCCUAUGGACCACCUUAAAUUUUGCCGAAAUAACAAAACAACAAGCCUGAGCAAAGCAAAAGAAAUAAGAAGAGAAAGUAGCUCGCGCGUAUAUGAAGGAAAGUACUUACAGUUGAAAUGCAGUCACUAUGCCAGAAAAUUUCCUAUUUUCUUGGACAACAUAGGGCGCGGAAUCUUUGGGUAAUGAUGAAGUUUCAGCCCAUGCUAAACUCCCGCAAGUAAGAAAUGGUUUGAAAUGGUUAGCAUUACUUAAAGCAGAAAAUGACCGAAAGGACCGCUUGGUUCACAGGGAGCAGAGGAGUUAUUUGUGACCGUGAUUCCUGUCAAAUUAUUCAGCUAAUAGCGCUAUUCGCCUUUGUUUACGGUAGCAUCAAGUCGUGAGGUUGGAAUCAAUGACAAUGAUCAAUUCACUACAUGUUUUAGACUAUGAUAAGUCCAAUUACAACACCUACAGAAAAUAAACAAUUAUUUGAAUUGUCCUAAAUGCUUUUCAGUUUCUCCAAAUGUCUGUUGUAUUUCUUCUUUCAAUGAUCAAUUUCGAAAUUAAAGACUUUUUCGAGACUAUACUUUCUGGGACGCUUCACCCCUCUUUACCGAAUAAAGUGAGAAAUUAAAGGCCUGCUAUUAUUUUCAGAUGACGAAAAAAUAAUGUAACACAUAAUGUCAUAAAUUGUACGUAAUUCUUUUUUCAUAGAAAAAUUGGACGAAGGCGACAUAUACAGCAGGCGACCUUGGCCCUUUUGGUAAAAUUGACAACUUUGAGAACAGGUCGGAAGAAGGAAAGGCGUAUGGCAAUGAUCUUGACAGCGCCUAUCACAGUUUAAGAGAUUUUGAAAAAGCCGUAGACCUUUAUGAACGUCACCUAAAAACUGCGAAGCAGUUGGGAAACAGAUCGGAAGAAGGAGCGGCGUAUUGCAAUCUUGGCAACGCCCAUCACAAUAUGGGAGAUUUUAAAACCGCCAUUGACUACCAUGAACGACAUCUAAAAAUUGCGCAAGAAUUGGAUGAAACGUCGGAAAAAGGAGUGGCGUAUUGCAAUCUUGGCAACGCCUAUUACAAUCUGGGAGAUUUCAAAACAGCUAUAAAAUACCAUGAACGUUAUCUAAAAAUUGCAAAAGAAUUGGGCGACAGAUCGGGAGAAGGAAAGGCGUAUUGCUACCUUGGCAGCGCCUAUUACAGUCUGGGAGAUUUUAAAACAGCCAUAGACUACGAUGAACGUUAUCUAAAAAUUGCGGAGGAGUUGGGCGACAGAUCUGGAGAACGAAAGGCGUAUGGAAAUCUUGGAAACGCAUAUUACAAUCUGGGAAAUUUUAAAACAGCAAUCGACUACCAUGAACGUAAUCUAAAAAUUGCGGAAGAACUGGAUGAAACGUCGGGAAAAGGAGCGGCGUAUUGCGUUCUUGGCAACGCCCAUGUCAGUAUAGGGGAUUUUAAAACAGCCAUUGACUACCAUGAACGACAUCUUAAAAUUGCAAAAGAAUUGGGCGACAGGUUGGGAGAAGGAAAGGCGUAUGGAAAUCUUGGCAACGUCUAUUACAAGCUGGGAGAUUUUAAGACAGCUAUAGACUACCAUGAACGUUUUCUAAAAACUGCUGAAAGAUUGGAUGAUACGUUGGGAAAAAGAAUGGUGUAUUGCCAUCUUGGCAACGCCUAUUACAAUCUGGGAAAUUUUAAAACAGCUAUAGACUACCAUAAACGUUAUCUUAGAAUUGCGGAAGAAUUGGAUGAAACGUCGGAAAAAGGAGCGGCGUAUUGCAAUCUUGGCAACGCCCAUCACAGUAUGGGAGAUUUCAAAACAGCCAUAGACUACCAUGAACGACAUCUAAAAAUUUCGAAAGAAUUGGGUGACACAUCGGGAGAAGGAAAGGCGUAUGGAAAUCUGGGCAUUACCCAUCGCCAUAUAGGAGAUUUUCAAACAGCCAUAGACUACCAUAAACUACAUCUAAAAAUUGCAAAAGAGUUGGGCGACAGAUCGGGAGAAGGAAAGGCGUAUGGAAAUCUUGGAAUCGCCUAUUACAAUCUAGGAAAUUUUAAAACAGCUAUAGACUACCAUGAACGUAAUCUAAAAAUUGUGGAAGAACUGGAUGAAACGUCGGGAAAAGGAGCGGCGUAUUGCAAUCUUGGCAACGCCCAUCACAGUAUGGGAGAUUUUAAAACAGCCAUAGACUACCAUGAUCGACAUCUAGAAAUUGCUGAAAACUCUGGAGACAGAUGCGCAGAAGGAAAGGCGUACGGCAAUCUUGGCAACGCUUAUCACAAUCUAGGAGAUUUAAGGACAGCUUUACAUUGCCAUGAACGUAAUCUAAAAAUUGCGAGAGAAUUAGGUGACAGAUCGGGUGAAGCAAAAGCGAAUGCCAAUCUUGGAUGCGCCUAUGACAGAUUGGGAGAUUUUAAAAAAGCCAUAGACUGCCAUGAACGUGAUCUGAAAAUUGCGAAAGAAUUGGGUGACAGAUUGGGAGAAGGAGAGGCGUAUAACAAUCUUGGCAUAGCCCAUCAUAAUCUGGGUGAUUUUCAAAAAGCGAUUGACCUCUUUAAACUUUAUCUAAAAAUUGCGAAACAAUUGGGUGACAGAUCGGGAGAAGGAAAGGCGCAUGGAAGUCUUGGAUGCUCCUUUCAAAGUCUAGGAGUUUUGAAACCAACCAUAUAUCAUUAUGAACGUCAAAUUAAAAUUGCGAAAGAAUUGGGUGAUACAUUAGGAGAGGCGAUAGCAUGCUCGAAUUUUAGUAGCUAUUAUGAAUGUCUAGGCCAAGUUCCAGAGGCGAAGGGAUAUUGCGAGAGCAGUGUUACUUUGUUAAACAAAAUCAGAGAUCGUCUUCAAUUUGACGACAAGUUGAAAAUAGGCUUUCGAGAUCUACACCAGAAAACAUAUGCUACUCUUUGGCGCUUGAUGCUAAAAGAAGGCAGGUUUAGGGAGGCUUUGGUUUCUGCGGAGAAGGGCCGGGCACAGGGUCUAAGAGAUCUUAUGGCAUUUAAGUAUGGAUUUGAAGUGAAGGAUAUUGAAUCAAGUGCAGAUCACAGAUCCUUUCCUCCGAAUACUAUAUUUAUGGCAAUUGGAAUGAACGAAUUAGUUUUUUGGGUUUGUCAGAACGGGAAAGACGUCGAAUUGAGAAGAAAGGAAAUCAGUUCCCAGUAUGACACUAGCGCUUAUUUACAGUCUCUUGUGGAUGAUAUGGGUGACGAAAUUGGUGUUAAAGAUGUAGUGGAGCGUAAAUAUUGGUCGUUUAAAUUGGUGAAGGAGUAUCGAAUGGCGGUUAAAAGAUCAAAUCGUGAUAUCAGACAAACCCAACCCUCAACUUUUUCCGAAAGUGCCUUAAAUACACUAUACGACAUCAUCAUUGAUCCUAUUAAAGAUCUGUUCACGGGAAAUGAACUUAUAUUUGUGCCUGAAGGCCCAAUUUGUUUGGCUCCCUUAGCUGCUUUCAUGGAUCUAAACUCCGAAUAUCUCUGUGAAUCAUUCAAGAUUCGCGUGGCUCCAUCUCUAACCAGCUUGAAGAUGAUUGCAGAUUGUCCUUUAGAUUACCACUUAAAGUCUGGUGUACUUCUUGUGGGCGAUCCAUGGGUGCAAGAAGUGACAGAACUAGAGCAGUUGCCUUGUGCUAGAGAGGAAGUAGAGAUGAUUGGUAUAAUGCUCGGCUGUACGCCUCUUAUUGGGAAACAAGCCACAAAGGAUGCGGUGUUAAGACGACUCGGUUCGGUUGCUUUGGUGCACAUCGCUGCACAUGGCUACAUGGAAACGGGUGAAAUUGCCUUAGCGCCAGAUAUUGGUGAGGUGGAUUUCAUUUUGACGAUGAAAGAUGUUAAGCGUGUUCAGAUUCGUGCAAGACUAGUUGUACUCAGUUGCUGUUAUAGUGCUCAUGGAGAGAUCAAAGCAGAGGGUGUAGUUGGCAUAGCACGAGCAUUUUUAAGUGCCGGUGCUCGUUCUGUUCUUGUCUCGUUGUGGGCGAUUGAUGACAAGGCUACUCUUGAGUUCAUGAAACAUUUCUAUCCGCAUCUUGUGAAAGGAAAAAGUGCGAGUGAAUCCUUAAAUCUAGCAAUGAACUGCAUGAGAGAAUCGGAGGAGUUUGGUGCAGUCAAGUACUGGGCACCGUUUGUGCUCAUUGGUGAUGACGUCACAUUAGAAUUGUCUGGAUACGAAUAA